AUGAUAAUCCCUGAAACGCAACCUGAUGACUCGGAACCUAUGACAAUUUCCAUGGACCCAAUGGAACCCAAUUUGGGGGAAGUUGAGCCCAUGGAAACUGAAAAGGACGGUAACCUAGAUAUCGCGGGACUUCAAGAGGUAGCAUUUCAUUCUUGUCCAAUUAUUGAAAGUCGCUACCGUUUGUUGGCAAAUGUCGGUCCCAACAAAAACGGAACAGCCAUUCUCAUUAGACAUGGUUUAGACUAUUCUCGAUUACUUCUAGAACCCGACGGAAGGCUCAUAUCUAUUGACGUGAAUUGUUUCACGUUCAUUAAUAUCUAUGCCCCGUCAGAUAUCUGGAAAAAGCUAAAUAAAAUUGAACCGGGGCACACCUUUUACCAUCCCUCCUGUUCUUCUCGGCUUGAUAGGAUAUAUGCUAGCCGAUCUUUUGCAGAGAAUUUUGGAAAGUAA